AUGGCUUUCUCCUCAGACCGCCAGUCGCUCAUUCCCAGCUUCAUUUACUCUACCUCCUUCACUUCCAAAACCCUAGCCCUGGACAGAGCUGCUGGAAACCCCAGCACUGGCCUCGAGCCGUCACGGUCGCCGCUGGCCCCCAACAAGAGUUUCAUGAUUCCCGCUCCCAGCGAGCCGGGCAAGAUUGAGAUGUACUCUCCGCAGUUCUACGCUGCUUGUACUGUUGGUGGUAUACUGAGCUGUGGUCUUACUCAUAUGGCUGUCACUCCUCUUGAUCUCGUCAAAUGUAAUAUGCAGAUUGACCCUGCAAAGUACAAGAGCAUCUCGUCAGGUUUUGGAGUAUUAUUGAAGGAGCAGGGAGUAAGAGGUUUCUUCAGGGGAUGGGUGCCUACCCUGCUUGGGUACAGUGCUCAGGGUGCCUGCAAGUUUGGAUUCUAUGAAUUCUUUAAGAAGUACUACUCAGACCUUGCUGGACCAGAAUAUGCAUCUAAGUACAAGACUUUGAUUUAUCUUGCUGGUUCUGCAUCUGCGGAGGUGAUUGCUGAUAUUGCUCUUUGCCCUCUUGAAGCUGUGAAGGUUAGAGUCCAGACUCAGCCUGGCUUUGCUAGAGGGUUGUCCGAUGGACUUCCCAAGUUUGUUAGAUCUGAAGGUGCUCUUGGGUUGUACAAGGGCUUGGUUCCACUUUGGGGGCGUCAAAUUCCAUAUACUAUGAUGAAGUUUGCCUCUUUUGAGACCAUUGUGGAGCUCAUCUACAAGCAUGCAAUCCCCACACCCAAAAAUGACUGCAGCAAGAGUCUACAGCUUGGUGUGAGUUUUGCAGGUGGCUAUAUUGCUGGUGUUCUAUGUGCUGUUGUGUCACACCCCGCUGAUAACCUCGUCUCUUUCCUCAACAAUGCCAAGGGUGCUACUGUUGGUGAUGCCGUAAAGAAGCUUGGAUUGUGGGGUUUGUUUACCCGAGGACUUCCUCUUCGUAUUGUCAUGAUUGGAACCCUCACUGGGGCUCAGUGGGGUAUCUAUGAUGCUUUCAAAGUUUUUGUUGGGCUGCCAACAACUGGUGGUGCUGUGGCUCCUGCACCAGCUGCCACAGAACUUGCAAAGGCUUAA